AUGGGGAGUGCCAAUGACAACAAACUCAGAUUUUGCAUUGACAGAGGGGGAACCUUCACUGAUGUUUUUGCUGAGAUCCCAGGUCAGCCUGAUGGACAAGUUUUAAAACUUUUGUCUGUUGAUCCAUCAAACUAUGACGAUGCUCCAGUUGAAGGAAUUCGGAGGAUUCUUGAAGAGUUUACUGGGAAGAAAAUUUCCCGUGCUUCAAAAAUACCGACUGAUAAGAUAGAAUGGAUAAGGAUGGGUACAACUGUGGCAACAAAUGCACUUUUGGAGAGAAAAGGGGAAAGGAUUGCUCUUUGUGUGACUCGGGGUUUCCGGGAUUUGCUCCAGGUUGGUAACCAGGCUCGUCCCAAAAUAUUUGAUCUCACUGUAUCAAAACCGUCAAACCUUUAUGAGGAGGUUGUUGAGGUUGACGAGAGAGUUGAGCUGGCAAAUGAUAAUCAAGAUUCUUCUUCUGCGUCGUUAGUUAAAGGAGUUUCUGGUGAGAUGGUUAAAGUUGUAAAGCCUAUUGAUGUAGAAACUUUGAAGCCUCUACUCCAAGGUUUGUUGGAGAAGGGGAUUAGCUGUUUGGCUGUCGUGUUAAUGCAUUCUUACACCUACCCACAGCAUGAAGUAGCUGUUGAAAGGCUAGCUGAGAGUUUGGGCUUCAGACAUGUUUCCUUGUCUUCAGCUUUGACACCCAUGGUUCGAGCUGUUCCUCGGGGUCUGACAGCUAGUGUUGAUGCAUAUUUGACGCCGGUGAUCAAAGAGUACCUAUCAGGGUUCAUGUCUAAAUUUGAUGAAGGGGUAGAGAAGGUGAAUGUUUUGUUUAUGCAAUCUGACGGUGGACUUGCACCAGAAAGUCGAUUUUCAGGUCACAAAGCUGUUUUGUCUGGUCCUGCUGGUGGAGUUGUGGGUUACUCACAGACACUUUUUGGGCUUGAAACUGAGAAACCUCUCAUUGGGUUUGACAUGGGUGGCACAUCUACAGAUGUGAGCCGUUAUGCAGGGACUUAUGAACAAGUCCUGGAAACCCAGAUUGCCGGUGCCAUAAUACAAGCACCUCAGCUUGACAUAAGUACUGUAGCUGCUGGUGGCGGGUCAAAGUUAAAGUUCCAGUUUGGAGCUUUCCGGGUGGGACCAGAAUCAGUGGGUGCACAUCCUGGUCCAGUGUGUUACCGAAAAGGUGGGGAGUUGGCAGUUACAGAUGCAAACUUAGUUCUGGGAUAUGUAAUUCCUGAUUAUUUCCCAUCAAUAUUUGGCCCCAAUGAAGAUAAGCCUCUAGAUAUCAGGGCAACAAGAGACGAGUUUGACAAGCUUGCAAGGCAAAUAAAUUCCUACCGAAAGAGCCAGGAUCCAUCUGCAAAGGACAUGACCGUGGAGGAGAUAGCACUAGGAUUUGUAAAUGUUGCCAAUGAGACUAUGUGCCGUCCAAUAAGGCAAUUAACUGAGAUGAAGGGCCAUGAAACAAGGAACCAUGCCCUUGCUUGCUUUGGAGGUGCUGGGCCUCAGCAUGCCUGUGCAAUUGCUAGGUCAUUGGGUAUGAAAGAAGUACUUAUACACAGGUUCUGUGGAAUCUUAAGUGCUUAUGGGAUGGGAUUGGCAGAUGUUGUAGAAGAGGCACAGGAGCCAUACUCUGCAGUUUACAGUCUUGAAUCGGUUCAGGAGGCCUCUCACAGAGAAGCUAUUUUACUGAUUCAAAUAAGGCAGAAGCUGCAAGAGCAAGGUUUUAGAGAUGAAAAUAUGACAACAGAGACAUAUCUGAAUUUGAGAUAUGAAGGUACAGACACCUCAAUCAUGGUUAAGAAACGAAUUACUGAAGAUGGGAGAGGAUGUAACUACGAUCUGGACUUUGUGGAACUAUUCCAGCAGGAGUAUGGAUUUAAAUUACUGAAUAGGAAUAUCCUAAUAUGUGAUGUUAGGGUUCGCGGUGUAGGAGUCACUAAUAUAUUGAAGCCCCUGGCUCUAGAACGUACUUCGUGUUCUCCUAAAGUUGAAGGUAAUUACAAGGUAUAUUUUGGAAAUGGGUGGCAGGAAACACCUCUAUACAAGCUUGAGAAACUGGGAUAUGGGCAUAUCAUGGCUGGUCCGGCAAUAAUCAUGAACGGGAAUAGUACUGUGAUAGUAGAACCUAACUCUCUCAAUCUUCAAUCAUAG